AUAAAAAUUGCAACAGCAAGACUUUUAUAGACGCGUGUGUCGUGUGUGUGACCAAGUAAGCGAGCAGUCCUUGCAUUAGUUUAUUAAAUAUAUAUAUAUAUAAAAAAAAUAAUGAAAAGAAAAAAGUAUGACAGGGAUAAUAGCGAACUUUGAAGCCGGUAACAUGCACAUGUGCAAUACGUGUUUCAUAUAUCACUCAUAUGUCUUGUAAAUUUCUGCGUCAAGUAAAAUUAUAGCUAAGCGUGUACAUACAGUAUUGAGUAUACAAUAUAUUUAACUGUCCAUUGGUGCAACGGGUUAUGGAGUAAUUACGUUAGUCAAGUAGCUUUCAUAAGAAUUUUUCGAUUCACCAAUAACUUGACUGCUCACACUACGGCCAAGUAGUUUAUAUUUAAACCCAUUUAUUUAAAUACUCAUAAGUUUACGGGGUUAUAAAAUUUAAAUAAUAUUCGGACUCAGACCAUUAUUAGAAAGUGAUUCAUAUUCAUAUUUUAAACAAUUGCAUUUAAAAUAACUAUCGAAAAAAUGUACGAUACUCCUUAAGUGUGAUUCGUUAUAUAUACACACACAUAUAUAUAUUUAUAUAUAUAUAUAGAACAAUUUUAAAUGAUAAUAAUAAUAUCAGCUCAUAUGAGGCUUUAAUACUGAGUAAGACUUUCUGACAAGUGUGCAAAAAAUCUAGAAUACUGUAGAUAAAUGAAAUUAUUUAUUUUUUAAUUAAUAAUAAUUAUUAAAGUGUUGAUGUUUUAUUAAUAAUUAUCAAUAAUGCCGGGAACACGAGGUAAUGACACACAUCGUAUUAUACCUGGUCAUUAUUUGCACCAGUUACCUGAACAGGACGAAGUGAGACUUUCUAAGAUAUUUAAAGCGUUAGAUCACGAUGGGAAUGGCAGGAUCGACGUGCAUGACUUGUCCAAGGCUUUACACAAAGUCGGUGUCCAUAAACGUUAUGCCGAGCAAUUUUUAGCUCAAUCAGAUCGCACUAAAAGCGGAGAUAUUAGUUUAGCUGAAUUUAUACACUACGUUAUUGAACAUGAGAAAAAAUUACGCUUGCAAUUUACUCACCUUGAUAAAAAUAAAGAUGGUAAAAUUGAUUUGGAAGAACUCAUCAGCUCAUUCAAUAAAGAUCUUGGUAUUACUAUGGAUCGAGCAGAGGCUACAAAAUUACUCCAAAGAAUGGAUCAGGACGGUACACUAAGUAUCAACUUCAACGAAUGGCGGGACUUCCUUAUGUAUGCACCAAGUGACGACAUUCGUGACAUCAUCAGAUACUGGCGACAUUCCACAUACAUGGACAUCGGUGAAGAUAUCGGAGUACCUGAUGAUUUUACAAGCAAUGAAAUGAUAACAGGAAUGUGGUGGAGGCAUUUACUUGCUGGUGGAAUUGCUGGAGCUGUUUCGCGCACCUGUACUGCGCCUUUGGAUCGAAUAAAAGUUUAUCUUCAGGUUCACGGGACAACGCACUGCAGUAUGUCGAAUUGCUUUAGAUACAUGUUGAAAGAAGGUGGAAUACUGAGUCUAUGGCGUGGCAAUGGUAUUAAUGUACUUAAGAUUGGUCCUGAAACAGCUCUAAAGUUUAUGGCCUAUGAACAAGUUAAGAGAGCUAUUAAAGGAAAUGAUACGAGAGAGCUAGGUAUUAAUGAGAGAUUCGUUGCUGGGUCCAUGGCAGGUGGAAUUAGUCAAUCAGCAAUUUAUCCUCUUGAAGUACUAAAGACUAGAUUAGCACUUCGUAAGACGGGUGAAUUUUCCAGUGUGAUUGACGCAGCUAAAAAAAUUCAUAGUCAAGGAGGUUUGAAAAGUUUUUACAGAGGCUACAUUCCUAAUUUAAUUGGAAUUCUUCCAUAUGCCGGAAUAGACUUGGCUGUUUAUGAAACAUUAAAAAAUAGAUAUUUGAGAUCGCACAGUAAUAAUGAACAGCCAGCAUUUUGGGUUUUACUUCUAUGCGGUACUGUUUCAAGUACUGCUGGACAAGUGUGUUCAUACCCGCUUGCACUAGUCAGAACUAGAUUACAAGCUGAAUUAUAUCCCGGAAAAUCACCUAAUACGAUGGUCAGUAUGUUCAAAGAUAUUAUACAACGCGAGGGUGUUAGAGGUCUCUACCGCGGGUUGACGCCUAAUUUUCUCAAGGUAGCGCCAGCGGUAUCAAUAAGCUACGUGGUUUAUGAACACUUUCGACAAGCAUUAGGUGUCAAUAUGACGUGAUGAUUAUAUUUAACUAGGAAUUGACAAUUUUAUUAAUUUAUUAUUUAUCAUUUUAAUAUUGUAUGAAAUUUUUUGAUAUUAGUAAUAAAACAACAAAUUUAUUAAAAAAAAAUAACAGUCAAAAACAGCAAGAAAAGUAGGUGCUAAUUUAUGAAUGGGCGUGAUGGCUCAGCCUCAAUAUUAUUUAUUUAUUAUUAAUUAUUAUCAUUCUUUUUUUUAUCCCAAUGAUUUCAUAUCAUUGUAAAUAAUUAAUCAGUUUACUUAAUAAUUUAUUGUCUCAUGACCUUGUGAAUUUUAAGUUUGUAGUAACACUAGAUAAAUUUAAAAUAAUCAAUUUUUUUUCCCAAUUGAUAUUAUCGAGUAUUUUAAAUCAAAGAAUCGCUUAGCCUACAUUAAUAAUAAUCGUGAUAAAGGUUUAUUAAUAAUAGUAAAUAAUUAAAUUAAUUAAUUAAUAAUUUUAAAACAAUUAUAAUAAUAAUAAAUACUAAUUAUCAAGCUUCAGCAGAGCUGUUACUUCGAUAUGAGUAAUAGAAUGAAAGUAAUUCUUACAAAAAUUUACUACUCAAUUUUAAAAAAUAUUUAUUGUGAAUAUUCUCUUUACCAAAUAAUUAUUAACUUGAUAUAAUUAUAAUAUUUAAUAUUUAUAUAAUAAUAAUAAUAACAAUAAUAAUAAAAUAAAU